AUGGAAUUCCACACAAAACGGUCGCGUGCCGCGGUAGGAUUGGCCCCGGAGCCAUUGCCACUCAAACGGAGGGCCGUCAACGCUGUGCCCUCUUCGCCUCCAUCCGGCGCGUCGCGUGGUAUGGCACACGUGCCUCGGACGUCGAUUCUUGUCGCCAAGAAUGGCAGCAGUUCCCGGAGAUCGUCGGCAUCGUCGAGUGACGACUCAGAUGUAGCUGAGCGCACAGGUUUGUACCGCAUGAGCUUCUCCAGAAAGCCCGCAGUACACUUUAAAGCCUCGCCCCGUGUGGACCCCAUGCUAUUCGAGGCCGUAUCGCGAUACUCAGACUCCGAAAACGAACAGGACGGCGAGAUUGCAAACCUGGGACCUCAGGUUACGCCUGCGAAAACACCACAACGCCAACUUGAACAGCUUCAGGAGGCUGCCACAAUGCAGUCAAAGCCAUUAGAAGAGCAUCAGCAGGCACUCGAGAAUGCAUUCGCGCCCGAAAAGCGCAAAUCUCCCUCCAGACAUGCCUCCUUCUCGUCCAUUAGUCGCAAGCAGACUAUCCCACAUUCGGAUUCAGAAGCUCAGGAAAGGUGCUUCGAUUACUUGCUGCAAUCCAUCGACGAGGUCUGGGCGCGCUACUGCAACGAAACCUCAACAGCGGAAGCCAAAGUCUACGACAGUAUGUGCAAGCCACAUGACUGCCCGCCAGGCUUUUUGACUCCCACUGCUGAUGACUUCAGUGUAGCGCACACUUCUAACCCGGGCUCUCCACGGUACAGGCGCACCUUCUCCUUCACGUCUGUCAAUAGAAAUGGCACGUCAUACUCUGACGACGACAGCGAUGACACUAGCGGCUACAAAUCUGAGGCGACAAAUCCUACGGAAUAUGAGACUGAUUGCGACUAUCGUAAAAUCUCUAAGCUUCCUGAUUCGGUUCGUUUGCAAUCGUUGAAAGAUCGACUUUGUAGAGCGAAAAACGAUUUGGAGGGCUUGCAUGGCUCGACCUGCUAUGAAGAGUGUGCUAAAUUUUGGAGAAGAUGGGAUAUGAUAAAAUAUGGGGCUGUAGAAAUGAUGGAAGAAGAUGACGAAGACGAAGUAAUCGAAUCUGUAAUCGAUGAACUGGAAAGAGGUCGCUGUUUCACCAACUAA